CUUAUUUAAGUUAGAUUUAUAUAUGAUUUCGGCCAUUUACAAUAUGGAUAAUUGCUCUUGUUUUUGAUAUAAAUUGCAGAAUACGCAUGUUUUGAAACAUUAUCUUGACACAUGUCUCUUUCUUCCAGAGUUGAAACAGUUAUUGCGAGUCUGUAUCUUGUUGAACCUCAUUCUAUUGUCCCAAUCAUUGGUUUUGUGUUUGCAACAUGGAGAGAUAAAAACAAUUCGUUAAUUAAACACAAUGUGUUUCAGGAAGAGGAGAAUAUAUGACGCUGUCCCCACUAUUUCUAGAUUAAGCAGAUGUAUGUCACGUGACUAGGUAUCUAGCAAAGCCAAGCAUGUCUGCAACUGUGUUUGGAAUUUGUCAUUAUUAUUAUUAUUUUAGAAAAUAUUAUUCGGUGGUCUCUUCUGCGAUGUCCAAAAUGAUGGCGUCCUCCAUAUAUGUACUUUUUCGAAACAAUUGGUCGAUGCAAUCUUUGAAAAUCUUCUAAACAGCAUAUUUUUUUGGAAUUGGAUCAAGAAUUUUUCCAUGAGUUAUCAUAGUCCUAUUGCUUAUCAUAAAACCUAGCUCUACUUUCCGCAGUCGAAUUUGACCGUAAGGAUACCGUACCUUCCGCGAAAUGGAGAGGAAUUUUCGUGGAAGUUGAAAUUGCUCGAGCUGAGGACUCUUCGAAACGAUUCGUCCGAACCAAGUCACGCAAAGUAUCGCAUCAAGGUACCCCACGAACAAAUUGCUUCGAUAGAUACCGAAACGAACACUCUAUUGUUGCACAAUCUUUCGAAAGAAGGUAAGUAAAUUAUGCUUUGAACGGGUAUAUUAUGGUAUUAUGGUGUUUCGAUGCUUAAAGAUACAUUUGAAAAUCAUACGAUCGUGGUACUGGCGAGAGAAAAUGGCAGCAACGAAGCCAUAUUGGAAAUCAAGGUGAAACCAUCGCGUGUUAAUGGAAUGCAUAUUAAUUGCACAGAUUACGUUCAGGAUAUGUGUUUUUGGAAUACAUCAAGAUAUAGAAUUUAUGAAAAUCAACCAAUUGCGAUGAUCGGCACAUUUGGACCUGGAUUUUAUACUAAUAUUUGCCCGAAUUUUCAUGUCACCGAUUACAAACUAUUAAAUGGUACAAAAUAUUUUCACGUGACGAAAAACACAUUAUUCUCUAACGCAUUACUGGACAGAGACUCGUUGGGUCCAGCACCUGGAGGGCCAGGUCCCCGUGUCGUCCUUCAAGUUCAAUGCGUCGUUUGGGAAGAAAUCACCGGUAUACAAUACGCGCCCAUCAACACUUUGCAUAUUGAUAUUUUGGACCAAGACGACAAUCCACCGAUGGCUCAGGGAAAUGAUUCCAUAGCUAUAACGCUCCAAGAAUUCACCACGGGUGAUAAAUUAGUAGACGACAACAAACUAAUACUAAAAGAUGCGGAUACGGAAAGCAGCAAUAGAUAUACUAUUCGCAUUCUCGGUGAUACUAAUGAUGCUUUGAACUUCACUUAUAACACGUUGCCAAUCGAAGCUUCGAAAGGAGUACCUUAUACCGCCAUAUUUACAAGAAUUUCCGCAAAAACCACUCUUUUACCAAAGUCUCCUUAUCGGAUCAUUCUUCAAGUAAAGGAUGAAUCUCUCAUUCCAGGAUAUGGGGAAAAUACGUUAAACAUCACCCUAACUUUCUACGGACCGGAACAUCGAACAACCACGACAACCUUAUCGCCAAUACCAUCGAACAAACAGCAAUCGUUUUCCUAUCCCUCAAAUGUGAAAGUUGCUCGAAUCGCAUCUCGUUACACCCGAAUCACCAAACCAACUAGCGAGCCGCAUCCUUCAAUAACAUUUAACGUUCAGGGAUCAAGCGCAUUCGCUGUCACAUACAGAGGAGGUAUAGUCUAUGUUGCCAACGAAGAUCUACUCAAAACAGAACCAUCUAAUUUACUGCUUAAAGUAAAAUGGAACGGAAAAGAUCGCACUUCCUCGAAGACUAUAAGAAUCAACUUGACAACGUCGAAAAUGGAUACGUGCAGCAACCACAAAAUCACUCGAUUGCAUUCCUGCGCUAAUGCGGAAACACCAGAGGACUGCGAAUCCAGCUGCGGGGUCGCCAGUGGAUUUUAUAGCAGAGGCAACUUUUCCGGGCAAUGCAUGUGGAGAUGGAACAAACGGUCGAAUCAAGUUUCCAUGAUGUCCGAUCAUUAUCCUACUUGCUCCCCGAAUUUGUCGUAUUGCCCCGACAAUAUGUGCGACGAGCUCGAACAAUUGGAUCCUCGGAUUUGCCCACAGGAUUGUACGAUUGAACCGGAUGUGCACUUCGCUGAUAUGAACAAAAAUGGACAUGGAAUCAAAAGUGGUUUAGGAACUUGCGCGUGCAACGAUGUAUUGCAAUGCACUUGCAACGUGGAUCGUUUUCGUAUAAAAGAUACUGAGAAGGGUAAUAAAGAAAGAAAAGAAUCAAAAGAAGAGAAGGAGGGAAAAUUGCAAAAUCAAGAAGAUAAGAUUGUUGUGACUGGCGCUCGAAAAGCGUCUCAUGGACCAUGUGGACCUAUUUGUAUGAUAGGCGUGAUUGGAGGCAGUUUCUUCGUGUUGAUAGUGAUCAUUGGUUCUUUCGUCACGUCGAGAUACAGACUAGCUGCAAAAGAAGCUCGACGAGAGGGAAAACGAAGAGUCGAUGGUGAUUCAAAUGUUGUUGGCAUACUAUCCUCGGACUAUAUUGACAGAGGAGAUGGUUUGCUUAUCGGCUUGGACACCUUUACUGCGGCGAGUCGCCAUCUUCUUCUUCCUAAAAUGUCUCCGCCGGAUCCAAAAUGGGAGUUCCCACGAUCGCGAUUGACCAUCGAACAAGUACUCGGCGAAGGAGAAUUUGGUAGGGUGUUACGCGCCAAAGCGAUUGACAUAGGGGGAAUCCCAGGAUCCACAACUGUCGCAGUGAAAACAUUAAAAGAAAACGCGUGCGCUUCCGAAUUGGCAGACUUAUUAUCAGAAUAUCAGCUAUUAAAAGAGGCUCAACAUCCGAACGUGAUCAGAUUGUUGGGCGCUUGCACCACACCCGGAGCUCCUGUCUAUCUCAUCAUUGAAUUCGCGGAGUUUGGCUCGUUGCGAAAUUAUUUAAGGCGUAAUCGACAACUGGAAUCCGAGGCAAGAACUGAUGGAUGUUCGGCUUUAUCUAACGUCACUGUUGGUGAAACAAAUGGAACAUCCGUUUAUACAGUUACGCCACGCGAUAUCCUCUCCUUUGCUUGGCAGAUUAGCAAAGGAAUGGCCUAUUUAGCCGAUAUUAAGUUGGUUCAUAGAGAUCUCGCAGCCAGAAAUGUAUUACUCGCAGCGGAAAAAGUUUGUAAAAUUUCUGAUUUUGGAUUAACUCGUGAUGUCUAUGAAGAUGAUGCGUAUUUAAAACGUAGCAAAGGACGAGUGCCGGUAAAAUGGAUGGCACCUGAAUCUCUCGCGGAUCAUGUAUAUACUAGCAAAUCAGAUGUUUGGAGUUUUGGUAUUCUUCUUUGGGAAUUGAUUACUUUAGGUGCAUCUCCUUAUCCUGGUGUAGACGUACACAAUCUCUACAAUUUACUCAAAGCUGGAUACCGUAUGGAAAGACCGACAAAUUGUUCAUUACAGUUAUACAAACUGAUGAUGUCAUGUUGGCAUCAAGAAUCUGUCAUCAGGCCAUCAUUUAAGGAACUUACUAAUCAUUUGGAAAAAAUGUUAGAGGAUAGCGUUGAAUAUUUGGAUUUGAAUCCAAGAACUGUUGACAAUCAGGCUUAUUUUGCUUCACUUCAUGCUUUGGAUAGUCCAUGUAGUUCUGGUAACGAUGCUACCGAAGAUUCUGAAAUCAAUGGUUUGAAGACAGAUGUUGUCAACUACUUAGAAAAACCUUGUUCUGAUACGGUGACUAAGUGUGACAAGAUUGACAAGCUUCAUACUUUUUGGCAAGAAUCUCUAGCGACCUCUUCCGAAAAAUCUGUUAAAUUAUAUAUAAAUGAUCAGUCAUCGAAUUUUCAAGUUAAUCAUUAUGAGAGUCCUAUCAAAUUUAGAAAUACUAGCGUAACCAGUAAUAGCGAAAAUGAUUUAGUCACAUCAACGAACGGACACUUGCAAUCUUAUAUAGAUAUGGAAGGUAAGAAAUUCUCAGAGAUAAAAACAGAAAUAAAAACAAAAACAGAAGAGGAAGCAGAAAUGAAAGAAUUACUUGUUUUUGCCAAUGAAAAUAACAUUGAUGAAAGUCAAUCUGAAGAUGUUCUACACAAAAAAAUCUAACGAAUAU